CUUCCCACUUCCUUCCCCCAAGAGCUCCCUAUAUCUAUCCCAUCCGUCUCCUCCUUUCAGCUCCAACGCUUCACAACUCAUUUCCCUUCUUUUCUUUCCCUCUUCCCCACGAAACCCUAGAUUCAGAAACUUCUCCCUGAAAUUGAAACUUCGCAAGCAUAAUUGAUCAAAACCCACAAAUCAAGCUAACACAAUCGAAGAUCGAACAAAAAAUAACCACCAGAAUCUCCCCAUCAAUAUGACGAGUUGCGGAUUGACGAUGCCAGGAACCGACGCCGCUCUCUUUGGCGCCACACCUUCCUCCGCCAGAUUACCCGACCCGGUUCUCCGGGUCAUGCCUUCUCUGGGUCGCCCGUCAAUGGUGUCCUUCAGGACCAGAGCCACCACCAUGAACGGAACCGCCUGUACGGCUGCGGCGGAAAUGAGCUUAUACGAUAUGCUGGGGAUACCAGAGUCGGUGAGCCUGAGAGAUAUUAAGAUGGCGUACAAGCAGCUAGCGAGAAAGUACCACCCGGACGUCUCGCCGCCCGAUCGGGUCGAGGAGUACACCCAGAGGUUCAUUCGGGUCCAGGAGGCUUACGAGACGCUGUCGGAUCCCCGGCAGAGGGCUCUCUACGAUCGCGAUAUGGCCAGAGGGUUUCACCUCGCCUUCUCCGCUAGGAGACAUUCUUCAUACCAUGACGACGAGGAAAUUGGUGAAAGAGGAGACUGGAGAAAUCAGUGGCAGUCACAGGGAGAGCUCCGGGAGCCACUUGGAAGCGUAGUGAGCGACGAUGGAGCCGAUGGAACCGAUGAGGUCGGGGCGGACGCCUUUGGACUUGAUGUCGGAGAUAGUCUG